AUGGUCGCGCCGCGCAUCACCGUCUCGGGCGCAGGCGGCAUGACACACCACGCGCACGGGCACAGCACCCCGCACCGAGUAGUGCGGUUCGUCGAGACGGCCAUCCGCGGCGACGAGGUGCCGUGGAAAGCGCAUCCAGAGUGGUUUGAGCGGUACGACUUUGUGGUGCGCCGCCCGCCGCCGCCGUCGUCGUCUACCGAGCCGGCCACGAGCGAGUCGGGCACGGUCACGCUCUUGGAGCAUGUCAAGCCCGAUGACGCCGGGGUCGGAAACAAGGGCUUGAACUCGCUGCCGCACCCGCACCGCGCCAUGUUCUUCACCCACUUCCACUGGGUGGACGCCGAGGGAGCGCCGCAGACGGUGACGCGGGAAGAACUCAUCAACACGUUUGACGCGGUGGUGGAGGCCUUUGAGCAGGCGUUUGCGGCGUACCUCGAUGCCCACCUCGUGCUCCUCCAACCCCGCGCCCAGAAGCUCAACCACAUCCCAGCAUACAAGCGCGUCUACGACAUUGCCGUCGACCUCCGCCGCCGAGUGUCGCUCCUGCACGAGCUGGCAGUGGGCUUUGGCGAGUACCUGUCGUUCCUGUCGGAUGCAGAGACGAUGGGCGACAUCCCACAUAAAUGGCACCGACACCCGGGUCCCAUCACUGCCACCACGCUGCUCACGAGUCCCCUCCACCUCCGGCCUGUGUGGUAUGCGGCCGUGAGCGAGGGGACCGUGUCCGACUAUGCCUUCCGGGUGGCGGCGCUGCUACAGGGGGACGAGACGUUGCCGGGUACCGAAGAGUGGGAAGAGUUGGCAGAGCGGGGCAAGGAGGCCGUGGAGCAGUUGACGCUCGAGGUGGGCCUCAAGCCACCCGAAGAGACGGACGGGAGGAAGCGGAGGACGCUGCCCAGCAAUGCGAGCAGGUACAGGCGCCAGUGGGAGAUUGGGUGGGGUCACUGGACCAUGUGGUGA